AUGGCACCUUCACCAAAGCCAGACCAUCAUUUGAAUCUCAACUAUCUUCCUCAACUUUCGGCGACGCAGCCACGAUCUGGGUCAUCGACUGCUAAUACAUCACCAAUUGAACCACCAGCUGGCACUGCUGUACGAUCACCCUUUGGAAAUCCUGGAAGCAAGAGUAGCAUGGGUGCAGCAACAGCUGGAAAUACAAGGUCGGGGACUGGCUCCCCAUCGCAUGAACUUGGAGGUGCAAGUGGUCGGCUCUAUUCAAAAAGGGCCCGAGAAAUUCAAGCUCAAGAGGGUCUCACCCCAAAUCUUUGGGGUCCCCCAGCUAGUGGUGGCUCAACCCCUUUAAGGGAGACGAUUCCUGAAUCACCCAGCCAAGAUGGAUUUCCUGACUUCAUGCCACCCCCUGAGAGCACUACACAAGGUCCUCCACGCAGAGCACGGGCUGGGACUGUGCCUUCAAGGUUCUCUCCUGCUGCUCCUCCCGGCCUGGGUGGCAGCCAGUCGUUUGUGCCAAAGACUUCGAGGCCUAGUCCUUUCAGAUCAUCUUCGUUCGUCGGCGCUGAUGGCGGGAAUUCAAGUUCACCAUUAGGAAGUUCUACUUCUGCGCUUCUAUCGCGAUUGAGAGCGGGAUCUAUGCCUCAGCGGGCAAGCUAUGUCGAGAGUUCCAGUCCAUUUGGUUCGUCACUAUUCUCAAGUAGCUGGAGCAAUCCUAGAGAUAGGUCCACCACCCUGGCUAGCGUUCGUUCGGCCGAUGUGCCGGCCUCUCCCGCGCAGUCCUCGUUCUCCAAAGACGGACUGACGGACACGGAUGUCAAGACUCUGGAUUAUCUCGGCUUGGCGGAGACGCCUAUGCAGACGCAAAUCAAUCUUGUUCAGCCUGGCAUGCAGAGAUUGUCCAUGCAGCCUUUCCUCAACGACAUUGCCGGCUUCAACAGGAAUCUAAACAGAUUCAGGUCCUACUCUGUCAAUGCCAAAGAGAAGUACGCAGCGGAGGAUGACGAAGAUUAUCCUUCCAAUGAUGGCUAUUCGGGACAACAAAGUGGUGUCAUGACUCCUAUGGAUGCUGCUAUAGCCCAAACAAAUGCACAGAUCAUCCAUCACAAUCUAGCAGUUCAGGCCUUUGCCACUCAAGCUUCCGCUAGUAGGCCAAGAGCACGCACAGCUGGUGUCCUUGAUUCGCCUUUGAGAACACCAGUUGGUCCUUUGCGAUACCUCACGCGUCCUCCACAAUUGACUAGCCCAGUCCACACCACAGAUUGGACCGAAGAUUACGAGGGUCUGCCGGAAGCUGUUCAGGCUCUUCAUCUCAACGAGAUGGGACAACGAUCAAAUUUCGAAAGCACUGAGGAGAGCAGCCAAGAUGGACCGACUCGUGCGCUUUGGCUUGGUAAUAUCCCUACGUCGACUACUGUCACCUCUUUACAAGCUAUCUUCGGCGCCCAUGGCAAGAUUGAGUCAUCAAGAGUCCUCAUGCACAAGAACUGUGGCUUCGUCAACUUUGAGAGCAUCGAAAGCGCGAUUAAAGCCAAGCAGUCGCUUAAUGGAAAAGAGAUUUUUCCUGGAGCUGGUCCGGUGAGAAUCGGUUAUGCAAAGGCCCCAUCUGCUUCCGUUGGCGGCACUCCUGGAAAUACCUUCCACUCACGAAGUCCUGAUCCUUACAGUAAUGGACAGACUGACAAUGAAGCCUCUCAAGCUACCGAUGACAAUAAUGGGAAUCGCCAGGCCAAUGGAGUCCACGCACAGAGUACCGCUGCUGCCCUUGAAGUGCCGGAUCUGCCUGAGUCGAAGUCUGAGAUGUUGCAGAUGGCUCAUGAAUUUGGAGCCAGCGCCGAAGACCGUUACAGCAUUGAGGACAGCAUUGAUGCCGCCAUAGCUUUUCAGGAUUUCGAGAACGAGAUCCUACCAAUUUCAGAGCCAAGUCACGCGAGAAUUCAUGACGCACCCAAACUCCGAGAGAUUCGAAAAAGGAUAGACAAUAAUGCCAUGACUCCUGGAGAACUUGAAGAAACCGCAAUGGGAAUGCUUCCAGAGAUCGCCGAGCUGGCUUCCGACUACCUUGGAAAUACAGUCGUUCAGAAGCUGUUCGAAUUCUGUUCCGAAUCUGUCAAGGAGCAAAUGCUUAUCCAAAUUGCCCCUCACCUUGCAGAGAUCGGGGUCCAUAAAAAUGGUACUUGGGCUGCUCAGAAGAUCAUUGACGUUUCGAAAGUGCCGAGUCAAAUCCAGAUCAUCAUUAACAGUCUACGACCGUACACCGUAGCUCUAUUCCUCGAUCAAUAUGGCAAUUACGUUCUGCAAGGCUGCCUACGAUUUGGCUACCCGUACAACAACUUCAUUUUCGAGACUAUGCUCAGUCGUAUGUGGGACAUCGCUCAGGGGCGAUUUGGUGCAAGAGCCAUGCGUGCUUGCCUCGAGAGUCACCAUGCUACCCAUAGCCAGAAACGAAUGUUAGCCUCGGCUAUUGCACUUCACAGUGUACAGCUAGCGACCAACACCAACGGUGCGCUUCUACUCACGUGGUUCUUGGACACUUGCACCUUUUCUCAUCGCCGGGCUGCUCUUGCACCCCGGCUGGUCCCUCAUCUUGUCCAUCUUUGCACACAUAAGGUAGCUUAUCUUACAGUCUUGAAAGUCAUCAACCAGCGGAAUGAGCCUGAAGCCAGGGACACUGUCCUCCAAGCUCUUUUCUUCUCCGAGGACAACAAAACCUUAGAAGACAUCUUGAGUGAUCAAGCCUCCGGUGCCACACUAAUUUACAAAGUUCUUACCACGCCAUCUUUCGAUGAAAGCCAGCGCAACGACGUCAUGCAAAACGUGCGCAACGUACUCUUGCGGCUAAAGGCCUCGGCAUCACAAGGGUACAAGAGACUUAUGGACGAGGUGGGCCUGUCUGCUAAGGGCGUGAAGUCCGAGCGCGACCCUACUCCGAAUGGGCACGGCCCUCACCAGGAGCGCAAUCGUACUCCACAGCAUGGGUCAAGGGAAGGCAGAAGGCAGCAUCAAGCAGAAAGCGAUAGACAGUAUAACGGCCAAUUCUUCCAGCCUGUGCCUCAGCAGCAAUACCCAAUGCAGACAGGCUUCACUGGAACUUCAGCCAUGGAUCCGAACGGUAUUCUGGCAUACGAGCAGCUAGCGUCAAAUUUUACAUCCAAUUCACUCAAUCCAAUGAGCCAACAAUAUCAGCCAGCAUUACUGCCUAGAGGCGCCUCGCCAGCAGACUAUUACACAGGCAUGGGUAUGGGUGGCUACUCGUCCCCUUCAUCAUCCUUGGGUCAGAUGCCACAACAAAACAUGCGGAUGAGCCCCAGUCCCAUGUUGCAGCAAUCCGCUUUCGCUCCGCCCGGUUUCAAUCCACUAAUGGGCGGCAAUGGUAUGGCCGGCGGGUAUCAAUAUCCAAUGCAGUAUUAUCCCCAGCAGCAGCCUGUGAUGCAACAAAACGAUGGACGACGCGGCAGGCGCUGA